GCUGAUUGUUUUAAACAGGCUAUUUUUAUUUCCUUAGCAAUUGAUGAGUACAAGCCCCUGGAUGCCACCACAAACCCAUCUCUGAUACUAGCUGCUGCUCAGAUGCCAGCUUACCAGGAACUUGUGGAUGAUGCUGUUGCCUACGGGAAGAAACUUGGUGGGUCAGAAGAGGAGCAGAUCAAAAAUGCUUGUGACAAACUCUUUGUAUUAUUUGGAGCUGAAAUAUUGAAGAGGAUACCUGGCCGUGUGUCCACAGAAGUAGAUGCAAGGUUGUCCUUCGAUAAGGAAGGAAUGAUUCAAAGGGCCAGGCGACUCAUUGACCUUUAUAAGGAAGCAGGAAUUGGUAAAGAUCGUAUUCUCAUAAAGCUCUCUUCAACAUGGGAAGGAAUCCAGGCUGGCAAGGUGCUGGAAGCAGAGUAUGGGAUUCACUGCAACAUGACCUUGCUGUUCUCCUUUGCUCAGGCAGUUGCCUGUGCUGAAGCUGGAGUUACUCUGAUUUCCCCAUUCGUAGGACGUAUCCUGGAUUGGUAUGUUGCAAAUGGAGAUAAAAAGACCUAUGAGCCUUCAGAGGAUCCAGGAGUGAAGAGUGUCACUAAAAUCUAUAACUACUACAAAAAGUUUGGCUACAAAACUAUUGUGAUGGGUGCUUCGUUUCGAAAUACUGGAGAAAUAAGAGCGCUUACAGGCUGUGACUAUCUCACUAUUUCACCCAAGCUUUUGGCAGAGCUCAGCAAAGAGUAUGUCAAGUUAACUCCCAGACUCAGUGUAAAAGAGGCCCAGGCAUGCGACCUUGAGAAGAUCCACCUGGAUGAGAAGGCAUUCCGCUGGCACCACAAUGAAGACCAAAUGGCUGUGGAGAAAUUAUCUGAUGGGAUCAGAAAAUUUGCUGCAGAUGCAAUUAAACUGGAGAGGAUGUUAAAGGAGCGAAUGUUCAGUGCUGAAAAUGGAAAGUAGAAAAAUCAGAAUUUUCCUGAGUGGUCAAGGCUGUAUCACCUGAGGUUAAACAGAUGUAUAAAUGUCUUAUCUGUAAAAGUCUUAUGCUAUGUAUGGAUAGAUUUCUGUAUUAUGCUUUUUUAUCAAUUUGCAAAGGGACAAAUAGAAUUUCAAAUUUUUGUGGCACUUUUGUCAAUACAUGCAAAUUAACAUGA